AUGUGGAUUUACGCUAUUAUGGCGUAUGACUAUAAAACGAUUUUGGUCAAUUUUCGUGUCGACAUACAAUAUGCAUACUACAGCCUUUGGGAUAACAGCUUUUACGUUCCAAAGGACAACAUCACCUUGUGGUCGAGUCUGUUGUAUGAUUUGGGCGCUACUUUACCUGCUAUUAGAACACCAGAUACUUAUUACGACAAAAUGGCAACAAAGUUUGUGAUGCGAUCAUUCGGCUACAAGGGCAGCGAAGGUCUGAUACACCAAUUUAAUCGUACCUUUUCCGAUCUUCGCCUAAGUCAACUAGCCAUGUACCUAGCAGCUCCAUCCGGCUCGUUAAGGCUACGCCAUAUACGUAGUCAAGAUGGCUAUGACACCACCGGCUUGAUCAUUUUCACAUCUAUCAUCGCCGCCAUGUCACUGAUAUCUUUCAUUGCCUUGAGGAAGAUAAAUUGUCUCUCGGUGAACAAUCGUUCCAUCACAUGUAUGAUUGCCUCUGCCACGCUUUAUGACGGCGAUCAAGAUUGGAGACGAUCCGGUGCAGACGUUACUAUAAACGGUCGUUUGAUCAUGGCGCUGGAUGCCGAUGAGAUCACUGGCACCGAAAAGUGA